AUGAAUAAUCAAAAUAUUAUUAAUAGUAACAUUAAUCUUGAUUUUAAAACGAGCGAGAAAUCAUCAAUAUCUACAACACCAAAAAAAAUAAUACCUAUUUAUAAAGAUUUAAAAGAUGAAUUCAAUUUAAAUUUAUUAGAGAGAUUCUAUAAUGAAUUAAUGAGAAAGAAUUUUCCAAAAGAAGAAGAAUUGGAACCACUGGAAAAUUGGAUAGAAAUGUUUCAAGAUAAUGAUGAAAAUGAGGAGAAUGGAGCAGAUAUUGGAAGUGUUUCAAAUAGCUCGGCAUCGACAGCGAAUGAAGAUGGUUAUAAAGUAUUGUUUUAUCAACGAGAUAACGAUGGCGAUGAGUAUCAAGUUGAUUUCCAUGUAGUUAUUGCUAUGUGUCCAGAUGACAAGAAAUUGGAAAUCGAAAUGAAUGGAUACUCUGAUAUUAUGGGCGGUGUAGUAUUUGAAUACUAUCCAAACGGUAACUUUGGUUGUAUUACCUAUCUCUUGGUGAAUAAUGAAUAUCGUGGACAAGGUAUUGCUGGAUUGUUGAUGAAGCACGCUGUCAGCUCGCUGGAUAACGAUGCCAAGUCACAUGGACAUCUCGGUGGAAUCAACGCGAUCUUCUUGGAGACAAACUCUGCCGACAAAGUUGCACCGGAAGACGAUGUAAUGGCACCGGCACAGCGACAUAUUAUUUUCCACAAGCUGGGAAUACGUCUGCUCGAUUUCGACUAUGUACAACCGCCACUCGCACUCGAACAUGGAAAAUGUAGAGAUCUACUAUUGACUUGUGUAUUGACCAAUAAUAUUCCCUCGGAUGUAUUCGGUAGUGAGCAGAGAUAUUACUUACCGUCGGCAUUGAUACGCAAAUUCCUUGAAGUGUUCUGGGGAAGUUGUUGUGAGCGUUUGGAAAUGGAAAACUGGCGAAACGAUAUCGACUAUCGUCGAAUGAUGGAUCAGCUCAAUCAAAGUGAAAAGAUACCAUUAAUGGAUCUACCAUGGAGUAGACCAUGGACAAUCAUUGAUUUACACUCAACACCCAAUCCAAUAUGUGAACAACUGGCAACUAGAUUCUAUCAUGAAGUUCUCGUCCCUAAUUUCAGUGGUGAGAACGAGUUGGAUUCACUUGAAAGUUGGAUAUCUAUGCUACCAGGAAAUGGAGGUAGUAAUAACAAUGGCAAUAAUAACAAUAGUAAUAGUAGUAGUGGUGGUGUUACCAAACAAGAUUUCCACUUGUUAGUAUCACUUAGAUAUUUGGAUGACGAUAUCACUCAGCAACCAAUGAUAUGUGGUGGAUUGGUAUUUGAAUAUCAUUCAGACGUAAACUGUGGAUUACUUAGCUAUAUAUUGGUAGGUGAUGAACAUAUGGCACGUUCACUAAUACAGAGAGCUGUUGAUAUACUCGAUCGCAACGCUGUGGAGCGUGGUAACUUGGCUGGUUGUAACGCUAUCUUUUUAGAGACUGCACAUUUCAGUAAUAAUAGUACGACGACGUCAACAACAACAACAACAAAGAAUAACACUGACAAUAGGAUAAUGGAGACAUCAUACUGUCAUGAGUUUCUCGAUAGAAUGGGUUGGAGAAAAGUAGACUUUUCAUAUGUACAACCACCGUUAUCGGUUGAUAAGAAACCAAGUGGAAAGCUAUCGCUUGCAGUGUUGGUAACAAAGAGAAUUCCACAGUCUAGACCAGAUUGCCAUUAUCUACCUGCUUCUCUUUUGUUAGAGUUUACAACAAACUAUUGGAGAUUCAAUUGUAGUGCAAAUGGCUAUGCUAUGGAUGACGAUGUAGACUAUCAACAUAUGAUUGAGAAUCUCUCGAGACGAGAGAAGAUACCACUGUUACAUAUACCUUGGUCAAGACCAUUUACAUUCAUCGACUUAUCGACCGAUUAUCAUGAAGAUCUUCUACAAGAGUAUUGUAAUUUAUCGCAACAACAACAGCAACAACAAAGUCAAGAUUACUUCAGUCAUUGGAAGUAUCAAUUGGUUAGAGGUAGAUCAGCAAUGUCACUUGAAGAUUUUCAUUUGGUAUUGGCAACUAGCUAUAACCAAGAAACAAGAAAAUCAGAGAUAGUUGGUGGUGUUUCAUUCUCAUAUCUUCACAAUGGUAAUUGUGGUGUCAUUCAUAAUCUAUAUACUAAAGAGUCAAUAGAUAACAAUAACAAUGAUAGCAACAACGAUAUAAAUAAUAAUAACCAAUCGAUUAGUCAAUAUAAAGGAUGGGAUAUUGCUAAAGAGUUAUUAGAACAAGCAGUAGACACGCUAAAUAGAAAUUCGCACUCAAGAACACACAUCAUUGGACCCAAUGCUAUAUUCUUUGAAGUACCAAACAAAGUUAAUAACAAUAUUGAUAUCAACAAUAGUAUUAAUAAUAAUAAUAAUAGUAAUAGUUUAAAACCAAUCUACUAUACUUCAAUAUUAGAGAAACAAGGAUGGUUUAAAUUAGAUAUCAUUAAUUAUAUAUCACCUAUGAAGACGUCAGCUGUUGCAACUAACAACAACAACAACAAUAAUAUUAAUAUUAAUAAUAAUAAUAGUAAUAAUACGUCAUUAUUAUCUUGGACAUUAUGCAUAUUGAAAACACCUAAACUACCAAGCGACAGCUCGACAACAUUGUCAGGUCGAGAAGAACAACAACAACAGCAACAAUAUAUACCAAUAGAUAUUUUAAAAAUAUUCUUAGGUCAGUACUGGGCAUCUUAUUUAUUAAUAUCAGAGCAAAAGCAACAGCAACAGCAACAACAACGUCAGCAAAAUGAACAUCAACAACUUCGAAAAUCAACUCGAAAACUUUCAAAUUCAAAACGACAAAUCAUUAUCAAAGACUUGAAUUUCAGAUCAAUGAUUGAUUCAUUUAAAUCAAAAGAAAGAAUUUACCUUUUAUCAAAUAAAUAG